AUGGGCGCUGGAUUGGGGGCACACCGUGUUGUGACGGGAUGCUUCCACGCUCAGGCUCAGGCUGCUGCCAUGCCUUUACUAGAGGAGACCACUCUGCCAAAUGAACGCCCACCGACAAUUCCCGUGGUUAUCAUCGGGAAUGGGCCGUCAGGUAUUUGCCUGUCCUACCUCUUGAGUGGAUACAAGCCUUAUUUUGAUAGAAAAACUGUGCACCCCAACCCGAUACUGUACCGGAAACUGCAGAAGAAUAAGCACAUACCCAUCACUGAACAGGACCUUGAAUAUUUGAGCGAAGGCCUUGAGGGUAGAUCCAGAAAUCCGGUGGCGGUGCUCUUUGACACCAUUUUGCAUCCAAACGCAGACUUUGGCUAUGAGCUUCCUUCAGUGCUUCAGUGGAGGAGAGAUAAGACACAGCACAUUCCCCAUUUGGUCCUGGGCCGGUCCACGCCUGGAGGAGCCUGGCAUGCCAUGGAAGGAUCCAUGUUGACAAUCAGUCUGGGGAUCUGGAUGGAGCUUCCAGGUGUAAACUACAGAGACUUGACCAAUGGGAAGCGCAGGGAUGCCACCAAUGACAGAGCAACUCCUGAGGAGAUUUCGUCUUACUACUGCAACUAUGUGAAGCUCAAAGGUCUCCAAAAUAACUUUGUUGACAAUACGUACAUCACAUCUGUCCAAAAGCUCUGCCGUGGACACAGUGAGGAGGAUCUGGCAAAGGAGCGCUCUGGUCCAGCAGACAGUGGGAGCAGUGAGAGUGUGAAUGGGGGGGCUCUAUGGGAGGUCAGGGGGUACCAGCAGCUGCAGAGCCACACUCAUGUGCCCUUCUCCCUGUUUGCUGAAAACGUGGUGCUGGCCACAGGAGCGUCAGACUCUCCAGUGCGACUGGGCGUAGAAGGGGAGGACCUUCCAUUUGUUUUCCACAGCAUUUCAGACCUGGGGCAAGCAGUGAGCCGCAAGAAGCUGGACAUGAACUCUGACCCUGUUUUAAUAGUGGGCGCCGGUUUAAGUGCUGCGGAUGCAGUUCUUUGCGCUUGUAACAGCAACGUCAAAGUGCUGCAUGUGUUCCGCAAAAGCAGCAGUGACCCAGACCUCAUCUUCAAGCAGCUGCCCAAAACUCUGUAUCCUGAAUACCACAAAGUCUACCACAUGAUGUGUUCACAGACCCACACCAGUGCAGCCUCUUCCACCAACAGGCCUCAGGCCACAAGCAUUGCCUCAUCAGUCUGUGCCAAGAUGUGUCCAAAGCCCCAGCUGCCCUCAGACAAACUCGCAGAGAACCUCAGCUUCUUUCCAGACUACACCAGUUUCCCAGAGCACUGUGUGGUUUCUUUCCAGCCUGACAUGAAGUGCUUACUUCAGGGAAACAACUCCUUGAAAGCAUUCAAGGUCUCAAUGGUUCUGGUCCUGAUCGGGACCAAUCCAAACUUAUUUUUUCUGAAAGGUCAAGGCCAAUGCCUUGCCCUUGACCCGACCAAACCUGUUUCAUGCAAACAGAAUCCUAUUGACAUAGAGCCAUACACAUUCGAGUGCACCAAGGAACCUGGCCUGUUCGCGAUGGGUCCACUUGUCGGGGACAACUUUGUGCGCUUCAUAAAAGGCGGGGCUUUGGGGAUUGCGUCUUGUCUGAUAAAGAGAUACAAGAAAAAAGAGCUCAUCAAUAACGGUGGCAAUAAUAUUAUCUGA